AUGACCUCCUGGAGCUUGUUGCCUGUUGCCCUGGCUCUGCUCUGCUCCAGCACACUCUGCUCCCUCGACUGUGACUUAACUCUGGGACUCCAAGAAGACUUCUCACUUCUGAACCAAAUGAGCACAUCUUCCCUGGUGCCAUGUCUGAAGGAUGGGAUCAACUUCAACUUCCCAAAGGAAGCCAUGGAUAGAAGCCAACUCCAAAAGGAAAAUGCCACAGUCAUUGUUCUUGAGAUGGUCCAGCAGAUCUUUACCCUCUUCAGUCAAAAUGCCACUCCUGCCACCUGGAAUCAGACUCAAGUCAUACAAUUGCUCAUUAGACUAGAUCAGCAGCUGGAACAGCUGGAGAGGUGUCUUGGGCAGAAUGUGAAAUGGGAAGAGUUUUCCUUGAGAAGUGAAAAGACCAGGUUUGCCCUGAAAAGCUACUUCCAAGGAAUAAGCCAGUACCUGCAAGGUAAAGAGUAUAGCCCUUGUGCAUGGGAGAUUGUCCGAGUGGAAAUAAGGAGACUUUUUCUGUUCAUGAGCAAACUCGCAAGAAAACUUAGGGACUGA